UAGGACGGGCCACAGAGGAUCUGCGAGUUUGGAAGCAACGAGAGAGAGAGGUCAGCAAGUAGUAAAAAGCGAAAAGCCGAGAGAGAGACGUAGAGGAAUGUGGUCCGCGAGUGAAAUGAAGGGACAGAGAAACGAACACGGAGCUUGCGCUUGCAGUCACAGCCAUUUCGCUUCUCUAUAAGCGCUUCCAAGCUUCAAAGACUCGGUCUUGAGCCUCUCUCUCAACUCAAGCUUCGGUUUUUUUUUUUCUUCUUCGGUUUCUGCUGCUGCGUUGAUUCGAUUGGAUUGGGCUCUCUCAAUGUCUGACGAGGCAGAGCCUUCGUCCUCCGGGUUCGGCACGGACGUGCCUGGUGACGUGGAAGACUACAUUUCGGCUAAUGAAGGAGAGCCAUCAUUGCCCUGGGACAUAUUUAGUCAUGUUUUUGAUCUUGUGAAGAAUGGAAAUCAGGCAUUUCGAGAGAACCGCUUUGAAGAGGCAAUUAAUUGUUACUCCAGAGCCAAUAACGUUAAACCAUGUGAUCCUGUUAUUCUUGGCAACCGAUGUGCUGCUUAUAUCAGGAUCAGUAAAUUCCUUAGACACAUACCGGCUUCGGCUUCUGAAUAUAGAGCACUGAAUGGUUUGGAUCCCACAACACAUGCUGAACUUGCUUUAAAGGAUGUGGAGAAGCUAAUGAACCUUCGAAGUAAUUCAGAAAAAGCAUUCAUAUUAAAGACCGAAGCUCUAGUUUUGUUGGAGAGAUAUGACAUGGCCCGGGAUGUUAUUCUUUCUGGCCUUCAGGUUGAUCCUUUUAGCAAUCCUCUUCGGGAAUGUUUUCAGAAUUUAGAGAGAAUACAAGCUAAUUCCACAGGGAGGAGAAGCCAUAGAAAAGCAGAACGCAGUGAUGACUUUGAUUGCACACUAUGCUUGAAAUUACUAUAUGAACCUGUCACAACUCCUUGUGGGCAUUCUUUUUGUCGUUCAUGCCUAUUUCAGGCAAUGGAUCGAGGUAACAAAUGUCCUUUGUGCCGAACAGUUCUUUUCAUUAGUCCUAGAACAUGUGCAAUAAGUGUGACACUUAAUGACAUUAUACAAAAGAACUUCCCAGAGGAAUUUGCCGAAAGGAAGUUGGAGAAUGAUACAAUGACAAACUUUGGUGUUGAUUUGAUGCCACUCUUUGUAAUGGAUGUUGUCCUCCCAUUUCAGAAGUUUCCGCUAAACAUUUUUGAACCUCGGUAUAGACUUAUGGUAAGGAGGAUAAUGGAAGGCAACCGUCGCAUGGGAAUGGUUAUCAUUGAUUCUUCAACAGGUUCAAUAGCUGAUUUUGCUUGUGAAGUGGAAAUUACUGAGUGUGAACCAUUUCCAGAUGGACGUUUAUAUUUAGAGAUUGAAAGUCGCCGACGGUUUCGUAUAAUUCGAUCUUGGGACCAAGAUGGGUACCGUGUUGCAGAGAUUGAAUGGGUACAUGACAUAUAUCCAUCAGAAGGGUCUAGAGAGAGAGUAGAAUUGCAGGAAUUGACAAAUAAUGCAGCAGAGUAUGCUCGGUUAUGGAUAGGGCGGGGUAAAAGAGCAGCAUGUCAAGAUCGAAGACGACUUGAGAGACUUCUCGGCAUGGAAGCGAUGAUGCCUUCAGUACAAGAUCCUGAGUGCUUCAGCUUCUGGCUUGCUUCUUUAUCGAACCGGCGUCCAAAUGAAAGGUUGGAUCUCCUACGCUUGCGAGAUACAAGAGAGAGAAUACAACGUGGACUGAUAUAUCUCAGAGCAGAAGAGCAGGGUUGUCAAGUGCAAUGAGAAAAAGGCUGUAAUUGAGUUUAGUUCAUAAUUAUGAUGGAUACACUUUAGAAAGUAAAUUCUUAUACAAGCAAUUUUAUUCUCUUAAAUUCAACAUUCUUUGAUCCACAAAAUGUUGGUGGAUCCCUAUUUUUUGUUGUAUUUAUGGGUUUAACCUAUAUCAUAUCUCAUAAAUAAAAUCCAUUUUUUAUUCUU